AUGAGACGUUUCAUUUCUGUUUCUAAGCACAUGCCCGGCCGUCACUCGUCUUAUGCGGCAGGUCUAUUCAACUUCAAGAUUGUGCCGGAUGAGAUGUUUCCAUACCCCUGUCGUAAGGUUGAUGGUGAUGAAGCAGAGAACUUACAAUUGUUGCUGGAAGACGUCCGAAAAAAUGGCAGCACACUUACAAAUCUUUAUGGAGCCCGUAUAAGUACGGAAUAUGGUGGGAUGGAUCUUGGUCACACCGCCCAUGCUUUAAUAUAUGAGGAAGUUGGUGCAAAGUGUAAUGCUGACAUGCUAUCGCUAAUAGGCCACAGUGGUAUGUGUACUUAUCUCUUAUCGGCAGUUGGGGACAAGUCGUUAAAGGGAGAGUAUUUAACGGCGAUGUCUGACGGUAGUGUAGUGAUGGGGUGGGCGGUUGAAGAAAGCAAUGGGAGCGACUUUAGCAUGACUUCAACUAAAGCCUCUCUCCGCGAUGACAAGUACGUAUUAACAGGGGAAAAACAUUGUUUUAACGCCGCGAAAGCUACGCAUUUUUUGGUCUUAGGUAAGACAUUUACUCAAAUUGUUGCGGAGGAGGGGGCUACUACAGUCGAACGCCUGUCAUUUUUUAUAUGCGCCAAAGACGCCCCCGGUGUGAAGGUGGUCGGGAACUCCGUUGCCAUGGAAAAUACUCCAGCCCGCUGCGCAGUUGGUGUAGUGGGCGAAGGGUUUAAAAACGCGAUGAUAACGUUGUUUACAGAACAAUACCUAUACACGGCCUCACUUCUUGGGAUAAUGAAGCGUAUCCUUCAAAUUCUGGGGGAGUCCAAUGCUGGAGAGGGUGCUGGUGGGCUUAUCGGUUCUUUUGCCUGCUUUGUAUAUGCUAUGGAGUCCACUAUUUACGCCCUGGCUGCUAUAGCGGACACACCUGUGGAGGACAGUCUGCUGGAGUGUACGUUAACGGCUGCGUUUACCCAAAGCACUGUAACGAAACUAUUAAAGGAUUUGGAGAUAUCAAUCCCACCAAGCGUGCAACUGGAGGAGUGUAUUUCUUGCGCGAGAAGCAUCUUAAAUCAAACGGAGCAGGAUCAUUUUUUAUAUGCCGCGGCUGUUUGCUGCGGCAUCGAGGAUUAUGGCUUGUUUUUCCAAAAUGCAUCGACAUUGCAAGUGAUGCAGGCGAGGUUGCUUCGAUCGUUGGGGGUGCGCGAUCGUAUUCCCAUUAAGAAUGUCAGGAAUGCGUCACUGAUUGACGAGGUGGUUGUGACAUUUGGGAAUGCCGUGGAAACCACCUUUGUAAGAAGUGGUUCCCACGUUCAGUACCAGCAACUACUUCUUGAUCGGUUGGGGGAAGCUGCAUCUCUUAUUUACGCAGCAUCAGCUGUGGCCUCUCGGGCCUCGCUGUGUGUUGCAAAAGGCCUUCCUUCGUUGGAACUCGAGGAAAGUUUAGCGGCAUGCUUUGUUUCUUCUGCUGUUAGUAGGUCUCGGGUCCUCUGCGAGGAGGUCUGUAACGUAGGUAAGACAGCUGAUGAUAUAUUGAGAAGAAUUGCCCUCGAUAUUUGCGAAGAUGCUUUACAGUAG